AUGGGGGAGGAGGUUGAGAGUUCGUGCGUUGCAGCAUUGAUCACAUCGCUGAGUGAUGACAUCAUAACCCUCGACUGGAAUUCUGUUAAAAAAGCUGCUGAAAGCGAUGUGGAAUAUCAGCUGCUAAAGAGUAUGGUAGCCGCAGGUUCUUGGCCGGUAUCAAGAAAUCUAGUCGACUCCAGCAUAAAGCCGUAUUUUAACGUACGGGACCGACUUGGCAUCGUGGACGAACUGGUGGUGUAUUCAUAUGAUGAAGGGCACAUACAUCUAGUAAUACCUGUGUCACUACAAGACCGAGUUGUCUCUAACCUACACUCAGGCCACCAAAGUUCUGAUUCAAUGAUUCGUAGGGCACUACAGGCUGUGUAUUGGCCUGGGAUGGAGGGUCAACUGAAACUCAAGAGGAUGCAGUGCAGAAUAUGUGACGUCAUCGCUCCAUCCCAACAAAAGGAACCGCUAUUGCCUACCCCACCCCCUGAAUAUCCUUUUCAACAGACGGUCACGGAUAUGUUUCAAAUAUGUGGAAAACAAUAUCUGGCAUAUGCAGAUAGGCUUACUGGUUGGCUGGAAAUUGCCUUCUUUCCAAGUGGUGCUACUUCUGCUAAGUUGAUCCCACUCUUCCGACGAUACUUCAUGCAGUGGGGUGCCCCGGAAGAAAUCUCCCUCGACGGUGGCACCAAUUUGGUAAGCACUGAAAUGGCUAGCUUCCUACAGAAAUGGGGGGUUAGGAUGAGAAUAUCCUCAGCCCAUUACCCCCAAUCCAACGGGAGGGCAGAGGCAGCAGUACAUACAGCAAAAAGAACCAUUCAAGAUAACACAAGAAGCGACGGAAGCCUCGACACAGAUAGUUUUGCAAGAGCCAUUUUGCAAUAUAGAAAUACGCCCCUAAGAGACAUCGAUAAAUCGCCGGCACAAUUAGCCAUGGGACGACAACUCAGAGACUCAGUCCCCAUGAUUAAAAGCUAUCAUAAGAUAACAGAGCAGUGGGCAGACAUUAUGAUAGACAGAGAGGAGAAGAUGGGUAGACACUUGAGAAAUGUCAAGUUCCGUCAUGAUUCUAGUGCAAAGAGACUCCGCCCCUUGCAAAUGGGUACCACAGUAGCAGUGCAAAAUGUUGUCUCUUAA